CACACCGCGCAGCUUCAGGCAGUGCGCAUUUUACUGUGAGAAAAUUAUUGAUUAACUAACAUUGUUUCAUGCCGCUCUGCUUCAGGAAUCCCCAAUGAAGCACGAUUCAUUGUAUUGUAACGUGUGCAUGUACAAGCGCUUGUCUGUUGUGUCGAAUUUGUAAAUGCAUGCAUAGUGUUGUUGUCGGCUUGGUCGUGGUCACUGGCACCUUGGAGUUACUAGACUUAGAAUUUGUCACAUGUUAUCGGUAGAGGGAUGGUGUGGAAGAUAAGCUGUGCAUGCGUUGUGCGUGUAAAGUGUGUUGUAGUGUAUGACCAUGCAGAUAGCUGGAAGGUUGCAGUUGAGACACGCGAGAUGUUUGGACUGCGUCCAAAAUGCCAGAACAAGUCGGAAGACUCCGCAAUUUCCGCUGGCCUUGGCAUGUCGUUGGGUGCAUUUCAAAGUCGCCGCGACCCACUCAAGACAGAGUGGCUGCCCGACUGAAUGGAGUGUACAUGUAGUCUCACGUAGCUCCUUUUGGGCAUCCGGACGAUGGAAGGACGUAGACAUCUCCUCCCCCGUCGUCCAUGGAUCCGGAUGUCACCAAGUCUGCAUCUCUGCUGUUUCUUUUUUAGGAGGAAAAUGGCCAUUAUUUGCAAGCAGCACUGUUGAAUUUGUGAAGAAUGUAUCUAGUUACUUUGUCAGCCCUCUUCUUGGCAUUUCAUUCAUUACAUUUGCAGAUGAUGGGGAGUUACAUCUCAGUUUGACAUCAGACAGGAUCGCUGUGGAUGGGGCAUUGGCUAACCUAAGCAAAAUUGAAGGAUCUGGAGGAACUUUCAUGGCCACAGGACUGGAAAAAGCUGUUCAACAGAUUCAGAAGAAGCGUGAUAGGACUGUUACUGUCAUUUUGGUUUUGACAGAUGGACAAGAUAGUGACAUUAAUGAGGCUAUUGUUCAGGCUAACAAGGCUAGGCGACUUGGGGCUGUUUUGUAUGCUGUGGGAGUGGCAGAUUUCAGUCAUGAGCAACUGGAGCUAGUGGCCGACCAGCCAGUCAAAGAUCAUGUGUUUGAAGCAAGUCGUUUUGAUGAUCUUCCUACACUUGUUGACGGUAUAGUCAAUAAAACAUGCAUUGAAAUCUUAUCUGCUACGCCCACCGAGUUGUGCAGUGAAGGAAAUCAUUCGAUUGUUAUAAAUGGGAAUGGAUUCACUAGGGGACGGACAGCAAGUGACAUUUUGUGCAACUUUCAUGUGAAUGCCACAUUGAACUAUGUCACCAUUCCAAAACAUCCGGUUCAAGAUGCCCGUGUGGUGUGCAACUCACCUACUAUACCUAGAAAUGAGAGAGGGAUUAUUCUGCAGAUUUCUGUCAACAAUGGCAAUUCUUAUGUGUCCAGCAAUGUUACUCUUGAUGUUGUUUCAUGUGAAAGUUCGUCACCUAAUGCAGCAUUGAUUAUUGCUCUAAUUGCCAUCGCUCUUAUUCUGCUGUUGCUUCUCCUCUGGUGGUUUUGGCCACUCUGUGUUGGAGGAGUCGAGUCUGAGCCAGAUGUGGAGGAAGUUGAAAAACAGCCUCCUCGUAAUGUUAGCGCAUCCUACUACGGUGGAAGAGGGGCAGGUGGUAUCUCUGCAAUGCGAGUGGAUUGGGGUGAUAGAGGUUCGACUAAAGAGGGGUCAAAGCUGACACCAGCUAAGGAUGCCAAAAUAACGGAGCCUCCCCCGCGUCCACCUGCUAAAGAGCCAGGUUGUGGUGAUCGGAUAAAGAGUGCCUUUGCUGGCUGCUGGGCUGCAGUUGUGGCCAAGUAUGUAUACGUGGCUUCCUUCAGACCAGUGAGAAGGAGAUCAUACCGUCCUAAUGCCAGGAAGCAGUCAACAGCUUCUAAUAAAAGUCUCGUUAGUAGCAAGGAAAAUGGAUCAACAUCCAAUCCUCCUGUAACUCCUACACAAAAAUCAGCACCAACAGCAUCACAGAACAAAUCAGUAAGGUCACCAAGUAGGUCAACGACGGGGAGUACUUCAAAGGCACCACCACCACCACGCCCUAAACCACCAGCUCAAAGGACAAGCAGCUCUUCUUAACAUUUGCUGUAUGCUACUGUAGUACAGUGAGAUGAGAGUAAGAGAAUGUAUAACGGUAAUUUCUAACAUAGUAAUUAAUGCUUUGGUGCUGUUGUGCUGCAUCUUGUGGCAGGUAUAGUUGUGAGGUAAUGCCAGGAAGCUCUGUACUGAUUAAGUAUAUAAUAUAUUACGUGUUAGCAA